AUGCAUGUCACCGUGUCGCUCCUCAGCGGACAGUGCGCGUGCUGCGCCGUUUCGCGAGAAAGCUCGGUGAACGAACUCCGGAGGCUGGCACAGCUUCAGCUGAGCAUCCGCAUCGAGAGCCUUGUUUCCUCGACUGGGCUUUGCCUGAAGGGCAACGCCAAGCUUGGAGAUGUGGACCUGGCGGAUGGAGAUCUUGUCAAUGCUAUAGUCAGCGAACCAGGCCACUGCAUCCAAUGCCACAGCCACGGCACCGCCUUCGCCGGGAUUCGCGCGGAUGGCACUGUCGUCACCUGGGGCCAUCCCCAGGAAGGCGGCGACUGCAGCACCGUUGCUGCCGAGUUGGUGGGAGUACAACGCAUCCACGCGACUCUUGCGGCUUUUGCUGCGAUCACCCGCGGUGGGCGAGUUGUGACCUGGGGCAGUGUGCGCCACGGUGGCGACAGUAGCAAGGUGCGCUCGGAGCUUCUGAACGUUCAAAAGAUCGAGGCCACCCUGCGCGCCUUCGCUGGGAUCAAAGUCGAUGGAUCUGUGGUGACAUGGGGUGACCCCGUGUCUGGUGGAGACAGCACGGCCGUCAGAGAGAAGCUCAUCGACAUCCAGGGAAUUCAAAGUACUUCCCGAGCUUUUGCUGCGCUGCGGAGUGAUGGGACCGUCGUUGCUUGGGGCUGGCCGAACUCAGGCGGCAGUACAAAUUCCGUGGGCCACCUCCUCUAUGAUGUGCAAGAACUCCGCAGUUCCUUCGGUGCCUUCGCCGCCUUGCGAGGCGAUGGCCGAGUGAUCACCUGGGGCUCUCCCGACUAUGGCGGUGACAUGGGAGAUUCUCAGGCGCAGCUCAGGGGCGUUGCCAAGAUCCACGCCUCGCAUGCCGCCUUCGCGGCCAUCAAGCAGGAUGGCACAGUGGUAACCUGGGGCGGAACAGAUCAUGGUGGCAACAGCUGCCCGAUGCAGGAUCAGCUCGUCCAGGUGGAGAAGAUCUUCUGCACCGUGAGGGCAUUUGCCGCUCUGCGCACGGACGGCAGCGUUGUCACCUGGGGUUACCCUACAGAUGGCGGGGACAGCAGCUACGUCCAGGACCAACUGCAGAAAGUGCGGGACAUUCAAGGCAAUCUCGCCGCCUUCGCCGCAAUCCGUGAAGACGGACGUGUGGUGACGUGGGGCUAUCCUGACUAUGGGGGCGACAGUGAGGCAGUCCAGGCACAGCUCACUGGCGUCCGACAGAUUACAGCCACCUCGCGGGCGUUUGCAGCCCUUCGCGAGGAUGGUUUGGUGGUGACUUGGGGUCAUGACGCUGAAGGCGGUGACAGCAGUUCCGUCCAGGACCGGCUGUUCGGUGUUUUCGAUAUCCGAGCGAGCUGUGGUGCUUUUGUGGCCGUGAAGGCCGACGGCACGGCCGUGACAUGGGGCCAUCCCCUUUGGGGUGGCGACAGCAGCACAGUUCGAGAUGAGCUUGUGAAUCUGGCCAUUUAG